AUGGGCCGCGCAGGCGCACUUGGGCAUCCGGGCCAUCGUUGCCUCAGCAACCGCCAGCUCCGCCUGCCGGGCCCGGGAUGCCAGCCCUGAGAUGGAGCCCAAUAAGCCGGAGCCAGAGCUCCAGAGGUUUUACCACAAGUUGCUGCGUCCGCUGUCGCUCUUCCCCCGCAGGGCGACGCACACAGAGUCUGAGAAGCGCCUCCCGAAGGAGGUCCCCAUGCUGCUGCCCCUGCCCUUCUCCCGACUGACCGUGGCGUCCCUCUGCCGCCAGGUAACGGAGCGGCUGGCCAGCAGCGGGCUGGAGGCGCGCGCGCCUGCGAAGGUACGACUCUGUUUCACCCAGGUCAUCCUGGACGAGCUAAAAUGCAGCUGGCAGGAGCCCCCCGCGGAACCUGGUCUGAGCCACUUGGACAAUCAGAGGCUGCGGAAGCGGCUCCUGGUCUACGUGCUGCUCAGCAGCGAGCUGCUCUUCGUACGCUCCCUGCACCUUCAGAAGAUGCUGUCGACACCUGCAAGUGUCUUCACUGAAUCAGCCACGCUCACCCGGUUGGCCGCCAGCCUCGCCAGGGAAUGCACAAUCUUCCUCACCAGCCCCGACGUCUACCGUGGGCUGCUCGCUGACUUCCGCGCCCUGUUGAAGGAAGAGCAGGCCCAAGCCCGCAGGUCCAGGCUGCGCCCGGGCGGCUCCCCUGAGGCUUUCAGGCUCUGCCCUAUCCCGUGGUAUGAGAGCCCUAGCUUUGCCCAAGUGCCGAAUUUCAACCUCAGCCUGAACGAUCUCAUCCAGCUCAGCCGCCCGCGAGAGUCUGUCAGUGAGCCUGAACUGGAUCCGGUAAAGGAACUGAAGUCCAUUCCCCAGCUGAAGAAGAGGAAGCCUCUCCGCUGGCUGUCCUCCGUGCAGAAGAAGAGAGAAAGCAACUUGGGUUCUCCACAGCCUGCGUCCCUGCCUGCGUGCUCUGCGGCUCCCCCCAGCCGGACUCCCGCCCCCUCCCACUUGCCCCUCUCCUUCCAGCUCCAGAGGGGCCAGUCCUUGCCCUCCCUACGUGAGGGCUGGAAGCUAGCAGAUGAGUUGGGUCUUCCUCCGCCCUCUCCUCGACCCUUAACCCCGCUGGUCCUGGUUGCAGAGAGCAAACCUGAGCUGGCAGGGGACACAGUGGCUGAGGACCUGAAGCAGAUAAUGAGGAACAUGGAAUUGCAUCGGACCCGCUGCUCACUGGUGGACUCAGGCCUGCCCCCGCUCCUGGGGGCCCUGACCUACCGCCCUCGCCCAGGACACCACAUGGAAGAGCUGCAGAGAAUGUUGAAGGGUCUGGAGGAGAAUGAAGCGGCUGGGCAGCGCCCCCCCACGCCCCCUCCACUUGAAGCACAACCGGUGACUGUUACUUUGAAGCUAAGAAAUCAGGUGGUCCAGGCAGCCGCUGUACAGGUCUCGGGGCGAAACUUUGUGGAUUCCUUCCACGUUGACGGGGCCGGAGUCUUGUACAACCACUUGACUGGCGAGCUGGAACCCAGACUUGUCGAGGAAAUGGAUGUGGACCUCUCUGUCGGCAGUAGCAUCAGGGAGAUUUACAAGGAGCUGAUGAGCCGUGUCUCCAAAGACCACUUCUCUUUCGACCAGGGGCCCCUGGUGGAGCCUGCAGCCAUUCAAGACUGGUCGGCCUUCCUGUCCUCAGCCUUUCUAAAUCAAGAAAAACAGCGUCGCAGCAUCAACACCGAGCUGGCUGGGCUUUAUCCCCAGGGAGCCAACACCUUACAGCACCCCCCGGAUAAGAUGGCCUCCCUCCUGUCACUGCAAGCAGGAAAGAGCUGGGAGAAGCGGUCCCACGGGGCCUUGUGGAUGAACUGGUGGAAAACCGCUUUGUCUGUGGACGACUACUUCAGGUAUCUCGCCAACCAGGAGACAGAUUUCCUCCAUGUCAUCUUCCACAUGUAUGAAGAGGAGGUUCCUGCGGAGCCCGUGACCCCUGUGCAAGAGACCCUAAAGAUCCAGCUCCCGCCUCCCUUGCUGGAAGAGGACGAACCAGACUUUGUGCCAGGAGAGUGGGAUUGGAACACGGUGCUGGCGCACAGGCUAGGACCUAAGAAGAACAACCUGCUGGAAGACUCUCACAAGAUCCUGAGCCUGCAGAAGCGUCUGGAGCGGCUGUGGUCCAUGCUUGAGGUCCGCGACAAGGACCGGCUGGACAUGGCCGUCAAGUACAGCUCCAACGCCCGUCUCAGGCAGCUGCCGUCCCUGGUGAGUGCCUGGGAGCGGGCCUUGCAGCCCAUUCAGCUGCGGGAGAUCUUGCUCGGGAGACUGGAGUGGUUUGAGCGACAAGCCUCCGACCCUAACCGCUUCUUCCAAAAGACUGCCACGGGCCUGAGUCGCUUCCUGGAGGAGAGUCAGAUCCGCAGCCAUCUCCACAGGAAGCUCCGUCUAGUGGAGGCUCCUUUGGUUCCGCUCCUGGAGGAGAUCGAGUCAGUCUUUGGUGAGCCAGUGACCUUCAAGGGGCGCCGCUACCUGGACAAGAUGAAGCAGGACAAAGUGGAGAUGCUCUACUGGCUGCAGCAGUGGCGGCGGCUCCGCCACCUGGUCCGGGCCAGGAGGGCCCCCCACCCACCCACCCUGUCCAGGAAGCUCAGCAGCCAGUCUCUACCAGUCCCUGGGAACACUCCCAAUGCCCUUUGACCAGGCCAGGUGCCCUCAGAACCCGCCCUCACCGCCAUCCACCCAGCAGCUCAUCCGGGGCCUCUUGACGGCUUUGAAAGAAACGCUGUCUGGGAGUGCAGGGUUCUGAAAAACGGUACCUCCAACCACCAAGGGACUGAAACUAACACUUUCUUUGACCAUGAAGUUCUCAGAAAAGAAGCCCCAAGCCCAGUAUUCUCAUUUCUUCCAAGCUCUGCACAGUACAGCCCAAAUCUCAUAUUUGCAGACGAACUGAGACGUCCCUUGGAGUUCCUUGCAAUGGGAAAUGUCAGACAGAUGCAAACCAUCCCCUUUGGAACACCCCACCUCAGUCUAGCACACUGCACUUGAUUGGCGAAUUCGGGCCCCAGACCCAGAGGCUUUAUGGCAUAAGAGCUAAGAGCAGUGCUCUGGAGUUAGGCCAUGUGAGUUUAAAUCCUGGCUGUGUAACUUUAGGCAAGCUACCUAACUGUUCUGCAUCUGGCCCUUCCUCCAUCCAAUGGAGGGGUUGGGUCCAGCUCGUCCCUCCUUCCAGUUCCAGCAGCCUGUUGGUAGAGCUAAAGUUUUUCAUUAAAUUUGUAUCAGUUCGGGAGUUGCCGUUGUGGCUCAGUGGUUCACGAAUCCAACUAGGAACCAUGAGGUUGCGGGUUCGAUCCCUGGCCUCGCCCAGUGGGUUAGGGAUCCUGUGUUGGCUGUGAGCUGUGGUGUAGGUCGCAGAUGCGGCUCAGAUCCCAAGUUGCUGUGGCUCUGGCGCAGGCUGGCGGCUACAGCUCCGAUUAGACCCCUAGCCCAAGAAAUGGCAAAAAGACAAAAAAAAAAAAAAAAAUUGUAUCAGUUCAUACAAGCACAUGGUUCGCGAAGUACGCGAAGGUCUUACCAUCCUAACCUCCAGGAUCUCAGCUCUCCUCCUUGUAGGAAACGCCUGUUCCCAGUUUCUCGAGUGUCUUUCUGUUCCCUUGGGUGGCAAAUAUUGAGCACCUGCUAGGUGUUCAUGUUUGGUCUUUUGUCACCAAACAAACCAAAGGCCCCUGCCUUUACUGCAGAGUUUACAUUCUACUGGAGGGAAACAGACCAUAAACACAGUACCUGAGCACACGAAUAACCCUUAGAGGGUUAUAAGCACCGUGGAAGAAAGAAAAAGCAGAGGGGAAAAAGGGCGAAGGAGGGGAGUUCUCUUGUGGCACAGCGGGUUGAGGACCUGGCAUCUUCACUGCCGUGGCAUGGGUUCGAUCCCUGACAGGGAACGUCCACAUCCCAGGGGCAUGGCCAAAAAAAUUAAAAAUAAAACGGUGACGGAGAUAGUUUUUUAGGGUAGUCCUCUGCAGGCUUCACUAGGAAGGGGAGAUCUGAGCAAAGGCUUGAAGGAGGGGAGGAGGGAGCGGUGGGCAUCUGGGACGGCAACUUUCCUGACAGCGAUCGUGACGCCUAAGGCAGGCGGGUGCCUGGGAUGUCCAGAAAAGCAAGGUGGCCAGUGCGGGCGGAGCAGAGCCAGCAGGAGAGAGGGGUCGGAGGGUCCUGACAAGGUGCUAAGGGGCAGGUUAGAUUAUGUGAGAACUAUUUCUAUAGCUUAUAUUCCGUGUAGCGUAUGCAUGUGUUUGUAAGUGCACCAGCUGUCCCAUUUUGGUUUGGUUUGGUUUGGGUCACACCUGUAGCAUGCAAAGUUCCUGGGCCAGGGAUUGAACUUGAGCCCAGCAGUGACACCACUAGAUCCUUAACCUGCUAGGCCACCAAGGAACUCUCCCCUGUUUUACCGAUUCCUUUUGUCUCUCUUUUUUUUUCUUUUUACGGCCAUACGCACGGCAUAUGGAAGUUCUCGGGCCGGGGGUUGAAUGGAGCCAAAGCUGUGGCAUAGGCAAUGCCAGAUCUGAGCCACAUCUGCGACCUCCGCCGAAGCUUGCAGCAAUGCCAGAUCCUUAACACAGUGAGGCCAAGGAUCAAACCCAUAUCUUCACUGACGCUAUGUCAGGCUCUUAACCGGCUAAGCCACAGUGGGAACGCCACUCCUUCCUUUUUUUUCACCUAACUUGCCUCAAGCUCAUUCCAUAGCAAUACAUAUAGAGCUGCCGUAUUCUUUUUGAUUACUAUAUAGUAUCCUACUGUGUGGGGUUUUUUUGUUUGUUUGUUUGUUUUUUGCUUUUUUGGGCUCUACCCGCAGCAUAUGGAAAUUUCCAGUUUAGGGGUCAAAUCAGAGCUACAGCUGCUACACCCCACCAGCAACGCAGAAUCCGAGACGAGUUUGCAACCUACACCACAGCGCACAGCAACGCCAGAUCCCUGACCCACUGAGCAAGGCUAGGGAUCAAACCCACAUCCUCACAGUUACUAGUUGGAUUCAUCUGCACUGCGCCACAAUGGUAACUCCGCGGUGUGUGUUUUUAUUGUGUUUAACCAGUCUCAUAUUAUUGGACAUUUACAGACAAAAGCAGUGCUCUAAAAAUAUCCUUGUUCAUCUAUUUAGCAUGGGCAAUUAUUUCUAUGGUUUAAUUUCUUGGAAUGGGAUUAUAGCUAAGCAUAAGCAUUUGUGGGGGGUCCUUUGUAGCACAGCAGGUUAAGCAUCCGGCAUUGUCCUUUUAGCAGCUCUGGUCACUGCUGUGGUGCAGGUUUGAUCCCUGGCCUAGGAAUUUGUACACGCUAUGACCGUGGCAAAAAAAAAAUAAGCAUAAGCAUUUGUAAUUUUAAUGGAUAUUACCCUUCACGAAGUUUGCAUCACCAUCAGCAUUGCAUGAGUAUCCUUUUUUCCCCACUCUCACCAAUAGUGUUAUCAAUUUUUUUUUCUUUUUUGGCCACCCCGCGGCAUAUGAAGUUCCUAGGCCAGGGGUCUCAGAUG